AUGCUUUUGUGUACAGCCCUGGUUAGUUUUGAGGAGACCAUAACGGCUCUGGCACCGGAAGGAGGAAAGAAGAGUCGUGGCAAAGCCUUCCGGAUCCCAGGGCUCGGAAGGAAAGACAAGGAACCAGACUCCGUGGAUUUGGCCAUGACAGAGACACCAAAUUCUCAGCUGGAAGUGGACGAUGAGGGCUUCAUUAUCCGAUCCGACAGCACACAGAAUGAUAUCCUUCCCCUCCAUAGGGACCUCCAAGCUGGAAACUCCAGCACUGCAGGACGAUCUGAGGACAGUGACGGGACCACACUCAGGGACGCAGAGCAGGAGGGACUGCAGAGGUCUACACCCAGCCCUGACAUCAGCAGGUUGUGUUCCACACCAUCUGCAUGUGACAGUCUGUUUGGACCGCCUCUGGAGAUGGCCUUCAGGUCCAAGAAGUUUGACGGAAGAGAGCAGUUCCGAGACCACAGUGCCUUCGCUGCUGUAGAAUACACUGCCAUUUCUUCCGACUCCUCGUCUCCAGAUAACGUAGAAGACACUGGGUUGGACUCGCCCUCUCACCAGACGCUUGGACCCUCCCCUGAACCCGGCUGGGCAGCGUGGCCCCCUGCCCCCCACAGCAAGGACCAAAUCCGAGGUCACUCCACCGACCCUUUCCUCUCCGCCUUCCGGGAUCUAUCUCCAGCAGGCAGCCCCCGCUUUCACGGCAACAGGGCGUGGUCUGCACCCUCCACCUGUCCCACCCACGUCCCUCCCGAGAGCGAACAAACCUUUGUGCACUUCCCCACCCCUGACAUCCAGAGCGCCGUAUGGAACUGCAAACAUAUCCCUCCAGAAAACCACUUUCUCGUGUUUGAAACUUCUGCCAAUCAGGAGACCUUUUCGGACUCUUGGAAAAGACCACCUCCUCCUCGCUCCACAGCCAAUCAAGAGACACAAGGAGAUCCUUUUGCCGCCGUCAACAGUAAAAUUCACUUCAGCAAUCUGCCAACCUGCGCAUCGUCAACAACAUUGUCCCAUCGCAAGAAGCAAGAUCGCAGACGAGACAGCAGCGCAUCGCCUCCUGUCACGCCAGAAGACCCGUUCGCCAUCACUAUGAUCGGCAGCCCCACGCACCAAUUGUCAACCGAACUAAUCACGCCUUUAAGCAGCACGCCGAACAAUAACCGACAAGGAGCAGCACAUGCUUGCAUUGCCGUGUCCACUUUGAAAAAAGAACACUGGAAUUUGGCACGCAAUCCGUUCAGCGACAACAUCCCUGCAGCAGUGGUGGUUUCGGGCUCUAGAGCACAGGAAAAUGGAGGAGGCGGGAGUGGACAUAAGGAGCUGGGGGAACGGAGGAAGCACAGGACGCCAGACAGCGAACCGCGAAGGAACGCCCCUCCACUUACCAGGCACUCGGGGCCCCAAGAAGACCUCUGCUUCUCCACGGACCGGGACCAGGAUUGUCUGGACAUCAGUCAGCCCUGCAGCCUUGGCUCGCAUAAAGGCUCCAGACACAAAUACAGACAGGUAACGUCCGAGGGCGUGGCUGAUGCUUCAGGCAGAACGGUCCGGGCCAAGAGGACACCAGGACGGCUCAGCGGUGCAGAGAAAUCUCGGUCUCUGUGCUCGUCUCCUCUCCCGGAGCCCAGUGCCUCCCUCACCUCCUCCUCUUCCUCCAGCCCAAAUGAGUGGCCCCUGCUCAGAGAGGAAGAGUGGGGACCAGCAAACCCAGCCCACAGUCCUGGACCAGUGUCACCGCUGCCCCAACAGCACCACAACCAGCCCCAAAGGCGACUGCACUUGUCCCGUGGGCCAAGUCCCAUCUCGCUCAGCUCACAGGAGGCAUGGCCUGUCGCCGCAGCCUUCACGGAGUACAUCAACGCCUAUUUCAAAGGAGGACAAAGCAAUCGAUGUAUGGUAAAGAUCACGGGGGAUCUGACCAUGUCCUUCCCUGCCGGCAUCACCCGUGUUUUUGGCUCCCACUCUAACGGGCCAGUGCUAAGCUUCAGGCUUGUCAACAUUUCACGCAUCGACCACUUCCUGCCCAAUCAGAAGCUGCUCUUCAGGUUUGCUGACUCGUGUGCGUGUGCGUGCGUGCGUGCUUAA